AUGACGGCGACACGUUUAACGCCCCGAAUAACCUUCUUACGGACCAAUUGGCUUCCCAAGAAUUCACCAUCCCGGCCGGUUUGCUAUUCAACUGCAGCACCUACGGACGUGAGCGCCCUUCUCUCCAAGCCUACCUGGUCCGUCAAGUCUCUUCUACCGGUCUCUCAACAAGACCGAGACGCCAGUAUCACGCCAAAACAGCUGAGACACCUGCUUCGACUUGCCGCCCUUCCACAGCCGUCAACCCAGGUCGAAGAGGAGGACAUGCUCAAGACAUUGGCGUCCCAGAUACACUUUGUGAAGGAGAUCCAACAGGUCGACACUACGAACGUGUCUCCACUGCGCAGCAUCCGUGACGAGACCGGCGACGCUCAAAAGGAGAAUACAAUUGAUCUUGCUCUAUUAAAGUCCGCGUUGGAACGGGAAGAAUUUGUCGGACGGGCCAAGCGAAUUCGUCGUAAACACGCCGAGAAACUAGAUAAACCGGACGGUGAUACGUGGGAUGGAGACGCCCUGAAGGCCGCUAGCAAGACGAUGGGCAGAUAUUUCGUCGUCCAGUCUGGCUCGGACUAG